AUGACUUGGAUCAGAACUGAUUUUUUAAUAAAGGGGAAAAUUAUUAAACCAUUUUUACCCAAUGACAAACAUCCAAAUUUGAAAAAUGACAAUUUUAAGAAUUUAUAUCCUGGAGAUCAGGUUUUCAUUUUCGAAGUUAAAGAUACAAAAUGGGCCAGAGUCCAUGCAGUAACUAAACCUCUUCCAACAGAUUAUAUUGCAUGUACUGCUUUUUUGCAUGACUUGUUAGUUGACAAGAGUCAAGUUGUGGUUGUUCCAUUAAGUUACAUCAAAAUUUUAAAGGAAAUGCCAUCAGAAGAUAUCAGAGUUAGUAAAAAAUUCAACAAUAUCAAUGAAAAUAGUGAAAUCCCAACUAUUCGUGACACAGAAUUAGCACGUCAAGAAGCUGUGAAUGGUACUAUUCUGAACGAGUUUAUUAAGAAAUCUGUCCCACCAAAACCAACGAAAAGAGAUCAUUCACGUGAUACCCUUCUUGAUGAAAUUAGAUAUUCAUUAGAAUUGCUUAAUGCCCAUAUUUUUGCUGUUUAUUCCAAAAGUGAAUUCAGAUUGUUUGAAAAGUUGACUACAAUUUACUAUAGUUUAUAUGAGAUUAGAACUAAGUUGAAUCAUCAUUUGUUGACAUCUGAAGAAGCCCAAGUAGCCAGAGAAACGGCCACUUUCUUGUUGAAUAGAAUACCCAAGAUUUUAGCUUCUAAAGCUUCUAGGUUAGGUAAAGAUGUGAUUGAGUUGGAUUAUUCUGACACUGAUGUUUCUGGUUAUAAAUCCAUUUUAGCAAGAGAUGCAGAGACUGGGGAAGUUUUAUCCUUGAAAACGGCCUUACCUCCAAGAAUAGCAUUGAAUAAUGAACUAGGUGCCUUGGUUCCUAACUACCCUAUUAAUAUUCAUGACAAUUUCCAUAAUUACUCUUUAAAACCACCAACUAACAAGAAGUUUUAUCAUGAUCCUCCUUCACAUAUUCUAGUUGAUUUCAAAUCUGUAACUGGUUCUUCAGCCUAUCAACCACCAGGAUUUGCUGGUAUGGUUGCUUAUAUGUACAUUCGUAACUCGAAGAAAAGAUUGACUGAAGCAUUUGCAGUACACACUAACUCGGUUGAAGAUUUUGUUCAUGUUGAGAAAAUCAGUGCUGCUUUAUUUAGAAACCUUCCAGCUAGUGAAAUUGAAAACAAUAGAGUGUAUCUUGUGGCUGUUUUAACUGAAGAAGUUGAUUUAAAUAUUAAAACCUCGGGUCAUUCACCAACCAUCAAAAGAGUGAAAAAAGGUGUGGCUGCUGGUGUAGCUGAUAUCACAAGAAUUUUCCCAAGAGCAGAAGGUUCCCUUCAAUCUGGUGAAGCCCAUCAUUUUUCAAUCAAAUUGUUUGGUUCAUAUUUGAGUAAGAAGGGACAAAAGAAUAUGGUUGAGGAUCUUAGAGGUCUUAGUAAUAAUGGUUGGGGUGAACUUGUUGAUAGAAUUAUUGCUGGUUCUAGUCAAGGGGUAGCUGUCAACCCAAGAGCAGAAAAAUUGGUAAUCACAGUGAAAGAAUUCAAGCAUCAAUUCCAAGGUAAUACAGCCAACCAAUUAUCGUCUAGUGCACCAAUAUCUAGAAUCAAACCGAUUUUCUUUGAUCCAUUAGCGGAAAAUUACGAACGUAUUUAUUUGAAAAUGGGUAAAAUCACUUUAUUGGGAUCUAAUGCUAGAGAGGAUUUAUUGACAUUUGAAGUGAGUACACCUAAUAACGAAUUGAUUACAUUUGCAAAGGCUUCCAAUCAACAGGAAAAAAGAUAUUGGCAGUUUAUAUCCGUUUUCCCAGGAGAGUCUAUUGGUGAGAUUGUUAAAGUGAACGGUGUUGCCUUGAAGAACUCAUCCAAGAAAUUACCUAAAGACGAUUAUAUUCUUUUGUCAUUAUAUGUUAAUGGUGUUUUAGCAGGUGAAGGGAGAUUGCUUUAUAAGUCUGGUAAUAGAUUGGUCGAAUUCAACAAGAAAAAGACCCAUACCAUUGAAAUUAUUUCUAGUACACAUAACGUCCCUAUGGCUCACAUUGAACUCAGCACUGAAUAUGUUGGUAAAGUUUAUAAUUCUGACGUUUCUAUUGAUAAUAUUUUCCAAUACGAAAGAUUUUUCCAAAAUGGACAAAAAGGUAUUGAUGAACUUUCUAAUUCAUUAGUUGCUUUUACUAGAUUGGACAUAGCCCAAGUUGUCAAGUAUUUCCCAGAAUUAUUAAGUUCAUUGUAUGGAAUAAUUGGGUUUGCUAGUCAUCACAGUGGACCUAGUAUUGAAAUUCUUGAAGAUAAUACUUUUAAAGCAGUGAUUCAUUUGUUGGAUACAGUUUUUGGUAAACAGGAUCAGUACUUAUACCUUCUUGAUAACUUUAUUGCCAAAUACAAAAGUCUGAAUCAAAUUGGUAUUUUCUUAUUGACUAAAGUUGAACAAAUUUUCAAUCGAGCCGGGUCAAGUUGGAAUUCGGUGUCCAGAUCGGUUUGUCGUGUGCUUUCGAUUAUUUUGAGAAUAUCCGUUUUAUCAAUGAACUCACCAAAUGAACAAGAAUUAUAUUUGCAAACGUUAAACAAUUUAUUUAAAUCAAUUGCUUAUCUUCUUACUUUAGAUUCGACCAACAUGAUUGAUGAUCAGGUACUUGUCAUGGACACGAUUGAUUAUGUUUUUGCAUUUGAUGUCAAUUUCAAGGGAUCAGAACUUGUUCAGAUUAUAAUCAACUGUAUUGAUUCUAUUGGUCUCAAAGGAUUGGGAGUGGAUGAGCCCAAUUUGGAAUCCGGGCCUGCUGCUCGUUCAAACAAGGACCACAAGAUUAUUAUUGGCAAAUUAUUAUUAAUUUUAAGAUUACUUAAUUCUGAUUUAAUCAAAGAUGAAAGUAGCAGAUGUAUUUUGAUUCCAAAGGCUAUCACUUGGUCCGUAGAUGUGUUCCUUGCCCUUACUGAUAUUGAUGCAACAAGAUUGGCAUGUAGUGUGCUUAAUGCUGCCUGUACAACUUUAUGGAACGAUGGUGCUAUUGGUAAAUAUCAGGGGGACAUGGAGAUUUGUUACUCGUUGGCCAAGUUUUUACCUGCUAUAUCCAGAACUUUCAUCAAAUAUAAUAAGUUUACUAGAGGUAAUGGUUGGUUUAAAAAGAAGCGUGUAUUCACCCAAUUGUUUCCUUCAACGUAUCCAUUUAUUGAAUUUUCUAUUGAUCCAGUAGUUAAUGAUGAGAGUAUGGUUGAGGUUUUGGUUGAACUUGCAAUCACAUUUUCUUUUGUUGCUAGGGUGGGUAAAGAAGCAGCGGGAAAUGAAGGUUACAUCAAGAUCUUGGAUUCUCCAAUUGAAAAUGACUUUUUCAUUCCAGAAAAAUAUUUGGCUUGUAAUUUCCAUAGUGAAGAUAUACUUACUUUACUUUCAGGGAUUAGAUACAUGAGAUUAGGUAAAUAUUUCCCAGAAACAAAAUGGUAUUCGACAUAUUCAGUCAUUAUUGAAGGUUGUUUAUGUGCAAUUGAGUUAGUGAGACCACUUGUGAUUGUCAAUCAACUACCAGCUUUAGAUGAUUCCGAGUCCUUUGAUAGAACUCUUUGGGGUAAUUAUCUUAGAAGUUUGUUCAAAUUGGCAGUCUUGCCACCGGUGGCUGUUGAGCAUUUGUCCGACGUUCCCAAAAGUGCUUGUGCAAAGAUAACCCAGGAUGUUCGCAAGCGUGCAGCCUUUUUGAUUAAUGAAGCUUGGGAUUCCUUGGCUUGGGAUGCAACAGAUGAAGAUAUGCUUAGAUUCAAUUUGAAGAAGUUUGGUGGUUACCAAGUUGAAUUUAUCAAUGAUGAAUUUGGUAUUUUACCUGAUUUGAUGUUACUUGGAUUACAAAGAGAUAGUGAAUGUCAAAGUGUUGCCAUCAAAAUUUUAUGGUCAAUUAUGAUUUCCGAAUAUAUUUUAAGUGAUACUCUUCAGGAUGUUGAAAGGCAAUGUUUUCUUGGUUUACACGAGAUUUACCACAACAAUUCCUACAAACCAUCGUCAUUGGAUCAAGAAAAUUUCAUAGAAAGAAUGAAAAUGACCGUUAGAUUGGAUAGGGAAGACGAAGCAUUUGAUCUUAUUUACACUUUUAUCCAAAAUCUUUCCUCAUUUUUCGGUACUCUCAAUUAUUAUAUCAGUGUACCAUUUGGUCCUGAAUAUGAAGAAGAUAGAAUUUUCCAUGAAAUUAAAUUGAAAGCACAAAUCAAAAAUGCAGGGAAACCAGAACUUUUCAAUUCUUACAUUCACCAAAUGUAUGAAAAAUACCUUUCACAAAAUGAUUAUGUACAAGCAGCUUUGAGUUUGGAAUUACUUGCCAGUACCUAUUCUUGGGAUCAUCAUGUACUUGUACCAGCAAGUUUCAGACCAAAAUUCCCAGAACAAAGUUCGUUUGAAAGAAAAGAGAUAUUGUUGAAAAUGAUAGCCAAUAACUUUGUUAAAGGAAAUAGUCUUGAAAAAGCUGCUGAUACUUAUAAUGAAUUGUUGGACUCAUAUAACGAACAUACUUAUGACUUGAAAAGUUUUGCUUAUGUUCAUAAUAAAUUGGCUCAAUUGUAUUUGGAUAUGGAAUCUUCCGAUAAAUUGACACCGACAUAUUUCAAGGUUGAAGCCAUUGGUGGUGGAUUCCCUGCUUAUUUGACCAAAGUAACCCAAAUUUUCCAAGGUUUGCCAUUUGAACAUAUUACAUCAAUUCAUGAAAGAUUUCUUAAAGUUUUCCCUGGUGCUAAAAUCAUUAGUGAUGAUGCUGAAGCUAUUAGUCUUAAAGAAAAAGCUACUAAUGGAAGAUACUUGUACAUUAAGACAGUGGAACCAGUUUAUGAAUUUUCUGACAAGUUAAUUAACACGUCACUUGGUGUGAGACAAUAUGCUAGAAAUAAGGAUUUGCGUUUCUUUACGAGUUUGAAGAAAUUUCCAGGGGCCACAUCAGUUUUCGAUUUAUGGACCGAGGAAACUACUUAUGAGACUUGGUUAUCUUUCCCAACUUUGAUGAAUAGAAGUUUUAUCAAAGAUUCAAAGACAGUUAAAUUGUCGCCAUUGGACAAUGCAGUUAGAACAAUUGCUGCCAAGAAUGAUGAUUUGAUUCAAUUAGAGGCUUUUAUCAAUUCUGCCCUUAAGGAAAAGACUGAUUAUUCACAUUAUUUCAACGAUUUGUCGAGACAAUUGGCAGGUACAGUUGACUCUCCAGUAAAUGGAGGGGUUGGUCAAUAUCGUGCAUUUUUCUCCGAUAGCAAAUAUCAAAUUAAUGAAGAGAGUAUUGCCAAAACAGAGUUAUUACGUAAUGCAUUCAAUGAUCUUGCUAUUAUUUUGCAUCGUUGUUUGAAUUUACAUGGUAGUUUGAUUGGUCCAUCUAUGAAACUGUCACAUCAAGCAUUGGUGGAAUUGUUUAGAAAGAAUUUCCAAGAAGAAAUCGUUGCCUUACGUUUGGGUGAAGAGGCUACAAUCACAGCUCCAUCUUCAAGCCGUGUUUCGAUUUUCCACAAUAGACGUGCCAAUGGAUUAAUGACUGAACGUACCAACUCCAUUUCAAACAUGUCUGGUACAGGCUCUACAUAUUCGGGUUCAAGAUUGGCUAGGUCUCCUACUAAUGCAUCAUCGGUAUCUUCCAAUAACUCUUCAAUCACUAGAUCGGGAAGAGCAUCGAAUACUUCAGGGUAUCCUGGAAGUAUUAUUCAACCAGGGUAUACUGGUUUAAAGGGGUCGUCAGUUAAAAAUGGUAAUGGAUCUGUUGCUUCCAAGUCAAUGAACGGAUCCCACAAAGCAAAUGCGGUAAAUACAAAAUGGUAG